CCUCCAACUCUACCCUUGAUUGGCAACCUUCACCAAAUUCCCAAGAGCGGUGCCCCUUUACAGUUCACAGCAUGGGCCCAACAAUAUGGCGGCAUCUUCUCCCUCAAGCUGGGCUCCUCGACGGUAGUAGUAAUCACAGACAAGAGCUUGGUCAAGGCCAUGCUGGAUAAAAAGAGCUCAAUUUACAGCGGCAGACCUGUCUCCUAUGUCUCAGAUCUUAUGACACACCGCGAUCAUUUACUCGCCAUGGAUUAUGGCGAGAAAUGGCGGAAGUUUCGCAAGUUGAUUCAUCAACAAUUCCACGAGUCGCGUUGUGAGAAGGAACAUAUUGUAUUGCAAAACGCGGAGGCGGUCCAGAUGCUGUGCGAUUUCUGUCUUGCUCCUGGUGAAGUAAUGAAGCAUCCUAAGCGUUUCAGCAACAGCAUCACCAUGACCUUAGUGUAUGGGAUUCGAAGUGCGACAGUUGAUACCCCUCAUCUUGUAAAGCUAUUCGAGCUGAUGGAAGGCUUUUCCGAAAUCAUGGAGCCAGGGUCUACGCCCCCCGUGGAUAUCUUUCCAAUCCUGAAAUACCUGCCAGAAAGCCUAUUCGGUGACUGGAGGACCAGAGCUCGCGACGUUGGCAAAAAGAUGGAUACACUAUACGGCAAGAUGGUUAGCCAAGUUAUGAAGCGACGCCUGGCAUCAGGCAGCGCCGGCUCGUUCCUCGAUUGCAUAUUCGACAAGCAGGACAAACUAAACCUCACGCGCGAUGAAAUCAAUUUCAUCUGUGGUGUGUUACUGGAAGGUGGUUCCGAUACCUCGUCAUCCGUCAUCAUCGCCUUCAUCCACGCCAUGAUCAAAUACCCGAACGUGCAAAAGAAAGCACAGGCAGAGAUAGACCAAAUUGUCGGACAGAGCCGCUCACCUCUCUGGUCCGAUUACGCCAGGUUACCAUACAUAGCCAUGAUUGUGAAAGAGACCAUGCGCUGGCGUCCAGUCGUCCCUCUAGGCUUUCCCCACGCCUCCAGCGAAGACGAUAUGGUCAACGGAAUGUCCAUCCCCAAAAACUCCACUAUCAUCCUCAACGUCUGGGGCCUACACCACGACCCCGUUCUCGUUCCCGACCCCGACACCUUCAACCCAUCUCGCUUCGCAACCCGUACCCUCCUCGCCCCUGAAUACGCCUCGUCCGCCGACUACGAGAACCGCGACCACUAUGGCUACGGCUCCGGUCGCCGCAUAUGUCCGGGCAUCCACCUAGCAGAGCGCAAUCUCUGGCUGGCGAUGGCAAAGCUGCUGUGGGCGUUUUCGAUCAAGGCGAAAGAGGGCGCGGAGCCUAUUGAUACGGAUUUGCGGACGGCUUAUUUGGAGGGCCUUUUGUGCUGUGCUAAGCCGUUUGAGUGUGCUAUUGAGCCAAGGUCGGAGGAGCGCCGGGAGACUAUUAUGCGGGAAUUUGAGCAGGUCAAUGAAGAGGUUUUUGCAAAAUAUGAGACUGAGUAG